AUGACUACCUACCACGGACAGUGCCACUGCGGCCAGACCAAGUGGAACGUCAAGCUCGAGACUGACCAGGCCAACCACAUCCUCUGCCACUGCGACACCUGCAAGUCCUUGUCCGGCGGCGCCUACACCCUCAACCAGAUCAUCCCUCGCUCCGCGCUCCAGUUCACCCAGGGCGGUGACAGCCUCAAGUCCUACACCUACACGGGCGAGUCCGGCAAGCCUGUCAACUGCUACUACUGCCCCAACUGCACCACACACCCCUACCACCACCAGACCGCCCUCGGCGAGGACAAGAUUGUCCUCCGUACCGGCCUGCUCGAGGAGAUGCGCUCCUUCAAGCCUGCUGCUGAGAUCUUCGGCAAGGCUAAGCUUGACUGGGAGAAGGAGGUCGCUCAGACCUUCGAGACUCUUCCUCCUCAGUAA